UUCCCUCUCCUUCUCUCUCUCUUCUUUCCUCUCUCUCUCCUGUUCUAAAUUUCUAAUUCUUUUUACAAUACAGUCUCUGUUCUUCCAUUGUUUAUUCUGAUUAAUCCAAGGCUUUCCAGGAAAUUCCAUCGCAUGUCUUCUCUCUUCGCCUAGAGAGAGAAAGACAGAGAACAGAACAAAAACAGAGCACAACAGAACAGGGAGGUUUGGAAAUUAGAGAGAGAAACAAAAUAGGAUAGGAAAAUCCCCCCCAGAAACAUCAAAGAUGUUGCAGAGAGCUGCAAGCAACGCUUAUUCAUGGUGGUGGGCAAGCCACAUCAGAACCAAACAAUCCAAAUGGAUGGAGCAAAAUCUUAUAGAUAUGGAGGAGAAGGUCCAAGUUGUGUUGAAGCUGAUAGAAGAAGAUGGAGAUUCAUUUGCGAGGAGAGCUGAAAUGUAUUACAAAAAGAGGCCAGAACUGAUCAACUUUGUGCAGGAAUUUUACAGAGCUUAUAGAGCUUUGGCUGAUCGGUAUGAUCAUAUUUCAACUGAGCUGCAGAAUGCAAACAACACCAUUGCUUCGGUUUUUCCGGAGCAGGUGCAGUUUUCGAUGGACGAGGAAGACGAAGAAGCGAUGCCGAAGUUCACAAAGAAGCCACCAGAGAUCCCCAAAGCGAACAUCCCAAAAGUUCCCAAGGCCCCCAUUGAUUUGAAGACUGUCAUAACGACAGCGACCCAGAAGUUGAAGACCAAGAAGAGCCAGAAGAGUGGCUCGAAACUGGCAAACAUCGUUUCGACGGUUGUGGCUAAUAAAUCUGGCUUGACCAAAACGGAGGCACUCCAGGAGAUUGACAAGCUGCAGAAACAGAUCCUGGCACUGCAAACUGAGAAAGAGUUCUUGAAGAGCUCUUAUGAAAGCGGGCUUGCGAAGUACUGGGAGAUUGAGAACCAAAUCAAGGAGAUGCAGGACAGAGUUUUCAACUUGCAGGACGAGUAUGGCGAGGGAAUGGUCAUCGAGGAUGAUGAUGCUCGUAAUUUGAUGGCUAAAGCAGCUUUAAAAUCCUGCCAAGAGUCAUUGGCUCAAUUGCAGGAGAAACAGGAGAAGUCAGCUGAGGAAGCAAGAAUAGAGUCUACAAGGAUUAAGGAAGCUAGAGAGAGAUUAGAGUCUCUCAAAGGCAAGCUAAAGGGCGAUCCUUCGAGCCAGGAGAAGUCACUGGUGAAGAACGAACCCGUAAGGCAAAAAGAACCAGAUCGAUCGAAACACGUAGUUGAAAAUGCAGUAGAAGAGAAACAAAGAGCAGAGGAAGUACGCCAAAAGAUUAAGGUGCAGUUAGAGACCACUACAUGUCUUACCAUGACAGAAAUGGCCGAGAAGAUUGAUGAACUUGUAAACAAGGUGAUCAGCUUAGAGUCUGCGCUGUCUUCACAGACCGCCCUCGUAAAGCAGUUAAGAUCAGAAACCGACGAACUCCAUACACAGAUUCGAACCCUGGAAGAUGACAAGGCAUCAAUAAUUGAUGGAAAAAACAAUCUACAGCAGAAGUUGAAAGAAAUGGAGCAAAAGUUGGGUGGGAUUCAGGAUCUAAACCAGAAAGUUGAGAAUGAGAAAACCAAUUUCACUACGCAAAUAAUUGAGGUACAUUGUAAUCUAGAUCAUCUUUCUGAGAAAUUGCCUAGCGUACAACAGGAUGUGGAGCUCGAGCCGAAAUCUUCAACAAGCACGGAGGAGGUCGAACAGCUGGAGAAACUUCCUAGCAUGAAGCUAGGUGCAAGUGGACCACAUACAGAGCUUGAACAGCCUGACAAAAAGUUGAAAGCUCAUGAGGGUUCAAAUGAUCCAAAGCAAAUGAAAUCAGAUGAAGCAUGCCAGGUAACAGAUUCGAGACGAAGUGAAGAACCAGUCGCUGAUAUGAAAUCAUCAGAGUUUGCAUCCCCUAAAGAAGAGGAAUCACAGAAUUUCAAAGGUAAAUCUGAGAAAGCUGAUGUAAGUGAUAUGAACAUAAAUCAAGAGAACACAGGUUUAACCCAGGUGGAUUCACCAAAUUUGGGAAGCAGUUCUAAGAAACUUGCUGUUAGUGCUACUUCUAGAAGUCUAUUAGAAGUUGUUGAAACCCAGGAUAAAUCACAGAGUUCUAAAGGUAGUUACGAGAAAUCCGAUGCAGAUGAUGCUGCCAAAAGUCAGGAACAAAAUUUUCAAACCUUGUCAGUAAAUAGCGGAGCCGAUCCCGAGAAAAAUGAUGUUAAUGGUUCUGCUAGAAAUCCAGUAGAAAUUGUUCAAACCGUGGCUAAUUCACAGUACUCUAACUUUGGUCGUGAGGAAGCUGGAGGGAAUGCCACUUCUACAAGUCAAGCAGAAGCUCCUCAAACCCAGGAUAAAUCAGAGAGUUUAAAAGGUACUUCUGAGAAAUCUGAUGCAGACAACUCUUCCAGAAGUCGAGAAGAAAUCGUUCAAGCCUUGUUAGUAAAUAUUGAAGGCACUACCGAGAAAAAUGGCACUAACGGUUCUGCAGGAAAUCCAGUAGAAGUUGUUCAAACCAAUGCUAAUUCACAAUAUUUAGAAGGUGGAGGGAAUGGUACUCGGACGAGUCAAGCUGAAGAAAUUUACAAACAGGCAGAUCUAGGACAUCCUUCAGAGAAAACAGAGGAUGCGAUGAAAGAGCAAAACAAAGAAGAAAAUAAGACUUUUUCAGAGGCAAUUGAUGCAGAACAACAAGGGGGGAAAGUAAUGGAGAAAGAAGAUGAACCAAAUUGGCAGCAGUUGUUCAUGAGUGGAAUAGAAGACAGAGAAAAAGUCCUCCUGACAGAGUACACUACAACUCUUCGAAAUUUCAAGGAUGUCAAGAAGAAGCUCAAUGAAAUGGAUGAAAAGAAUCGGGAUCACAAACUUCAAACAUCAAAGCUGCUAAAUGAGUUAAAAACUUCAAAUGCCUUGAAGGAUCAAGAAAUCAGAUCCUUGCGCCAUAAAUUGAAUCUUAUGCAGAAAUGUUUCACUGAGAGCAAGGAAUCGGUGGAUCUAAGCAAGGAAUCUUUAGAUUUUAGUCCCUCAGAUCACCAGGAAGCCUCAAGCACAUCGGAGGAUCAAAACAUCGACAAGAUAACAAGGGCUGAUUCAAUUCAGUCAGAAACACCGACACCUCAACUAUACGAUGAAGAAGAAGAUUCAUUCGAUAUCAGUAAGCUUCUAGUUCAACAACCUACCACUAUAUCAGUGAUUGAAGAAAAGCUCAGGAUGAAAAUUGAUGAACUUCUGGAGGAAAACUUAGACUUCUGGUUGAAAUUCAGCACUUCUUUCCAUCAGAUACAGAAAUUUGAAACUGGGAUACAGGAUUUAAAAUCAGAAGUAAAAAAACUUCAAGAAAAGGGAAAGAAGAUGGAUGAAAGUGGCAGCGGAAACUACUCCUUGAAAUCAGAAGCCCGGCCAUUGUACAAACACCUGAGGGAGAUACAGACUGAACUUACAGUCUGGUCAGAUAAAAGUGCAGCAUUGAAAGAGGAGCUGCAAAACAGAUUUUCAUCACUGUGCAACAUCCAAGAAGAAAUAACAGCUGGAUUGAAGGCAAGUGCCGAGGAUGACGACUUCUCGUUCACGAGCUAUCAAGCUGCAAAGUUUCAGGGGGAAGUUCUGAACAUGAAACAAGAGAACAACAAAGUUGCUGAUGAAUUGCAGGCAGCAUUAGAUCACAUAGCAUCUCUUCAACUUGAGGUAGAUACUACCCUGUCAAAGUUGAACGAGGAGUUCCGACUUGCUGGAUCAAAGAAACAGGAGACUCCACAGCUGCGACACUCUGAGAGCCGAAACCGAGUUCCUUUACGGUCAUUCAUCUUCGGCGUCAAACCGAAAAAGCAAAAGCAAUCAAUCUUCUCCGGGAUGGCACCUGUAAUGCAAAAGAAGUAUCAUGCUUUGAGAACAGGAACUCCUAUGUAAAUUAUGUAUGAACUUUCAUUUUCUUUGUUUUGCAUCUUGUAACGCUUUUUAGUCCCACUUUUCAUUUUUCUUUUUUGGUCUGCAAUAUUUGGCAGAAGUGCGAUUUUCCUAGACUUUUGUAAGCUCGAUUAUAAGUUGGUUUUUGGAAAAUACUUAUACCCUACAUUCUUUGAUUCA